GUCGCUAUUUACAUUAACAUACUCGAAUUCCUUAGUUUUGCUUCUGUGCACUGCCAAUGCCAUCUUCUCUUCAAAUUUUCCUAACGUAUCCUUCCAGCUGAUUACGCUGAAACGCUAGAAAUCACAACAUGCCGAGUAACAGCGGAGACAAUGUGCGUGUGGUUGUACGAUGUCGCCCUCUCAAUGAGAAGGAAGUCAGUCAAAAGUUUUCCUCCAUAGUCAAGGUUGAUGAAAUGCGUGGAACUGUGCAGGUUCAGAAUCCUGCCGCGCCAAAAGGGGAACCGCCCAAGUCCUUCACAUUCGAUACUGUAUUUGCUCCCGGCAGCAAACAGACAGAUGUUUAUAAUCAAACAGCUCGGUCCAUUGUAGAUGCGGUGAUGGAAGGCUAUAACGGUACCAUAUUUGCGUACGGACAAACUGGAACUGGUAAGACGUUUACCAUGGAGGGGGUAAGAACCCAGCCGGAAUUGAGAGGCAUCAUUCCUAAUUCCUUCGCGCACAUCUUUGGACAAAUUGCAAAGGCUGGGGAUAGCGUAAGAUUCUUGGUAAGAGUGUCCUACCUUGAGAUCUACAAUGAGGAAGUGAAGGAUCUACUAGGCAAAGACCUGUCGGCCAGAUUAGAGGUAAAAGAGCGUCCCGACAUCGGAGUGUACGUGAAAGACUUGUCCGCCUUUGUCGUCAACAAUGCCGACGACAUGGACAGAAUAACCACGCUGGGAAACAGUCACCGCUCAGUCGGGGCAACCAACAUGAACGAGCACAGUUCUCGGUCGCACGCUAUCUUCAGCAUCACAGUGGAGAGGAGCGAUGUUGGACCGGACAAAGAGCAGCACGUGAGAGCGGGCAAGCUGCAUAUGGUGGACCUGGCAGGUUCAGAACGUCAGUCCAAGACGGGAGCAACAGGCCAGCGGUUGAAAGAAGCAACCAAAAUCAACCUGUCACUCUCCACGUUAGGCAAUGUGAUCUCGUCGCUUGUAGACGGCAAGAGCACGCACAUACCGUACCGAAACUCCAAACUCACACGGUUACUGCAAGAUUCUCUGGGCGGCAAUGCAAAAACCGUAAUGUGUGCUAACAUCGGACCGGCAGAGUACAACUAUGACGAGACAAUCAGCACACUGCGUUAUGCCAACAGAGCCAAGAACAUCAAGAACAACGCGCGCAUCAACGAAGAUCCCAAAGACGCUUUGCUGCGACAGUUUCAGAAGGAAAUCGAGGAGCUCAAGAAAAAGUUAGACAGAGGUGAAGGAGGGGUUUCUGACGAUGGGAGUGGUUCUGAGGAAGAAUCGGGAUCGGAAGAUGACGUUGACGGGGGAACAGGGGAGAGGCACAGACACAGGAAGAGAGGAAAGCGGAAUUUGUCUCCCGAAAAGAUGGCGGCCAUGCAGAAACGCAUCGAUGAGGAGAGACGGGCGCUGGAAGAGAAGAAAGACAUGGAGGAGGAAGAGAGAAACAAAGUGCAACAAGAGCUGGAGCGAAGAGAAGAUGAUCUCCAUAAGGCACAACACGAACACGAUGUACUGAAAGACAAGUUGAAAGCCGUGGAGAAGAAAGUGAUCGUCGGCGGCGUGGACUUGCUCAAGAAAUCGGAGGAGCAGGAGAGGCUGUUGGAGGAGUCGGCACGGGAGCUGGAGGAGCGAGCCAGGAAGCAGGAGAGCCUGCGGCAGGAGCUGGCCGAGAAGGAGGCUGAGAGGGUGGACAUUGAGGAGAAAUUUGGCAACCUCCAAGAGGAGGCCGUGGGCAAGACCAAGAAGCUGAAGAAAGUCUGGAGCAUGCUCAUGAGCGCCAAGAGUGAGGUUGCAGAUCUACAGCAGGAGCACCAACGAGAGAUGGAAGGACUGUUGGAAAACAUCCGUCAGCUCAGCAGAGAGCUGCGCCUACAGAUGCUGAUCAUCGACAGCUUCAUCCCGGUAGAGUUCCAGCAGAUGAUUGAGCAGUACGUUCACUGGAAUGAGGACAUUGGAGAGUGGCAACUGAAAUGCGUAGCCUACACCGGUAACAACAUGCGUAAGCAGACGCCCAUCCCAGACAAAGAUAAAGGCAAGGAGUACGGGGAGCCCGACCUGUCCAACGUGUACCUGGCUUACACGGCUGAGGGGGCAGCUCGAGGAUUUGCCAAGAUGAAAUCUACAUCCAAUAGGCGGCCCAAGACGGCAUCUGGUAGGCAGAAGUCCAGCAAAAGGAAACAAGGUGGCAUGGAAAACUCCAUUGACUCUUUGCUGCAGUAAAGACAACACAAGGACCUGUACAACUGAUCAAGACAUCCGCACUAGAAAGCAGGAGGUUGUGGUUCCAGUCCAACCGAGGGAUUUUGAUCUCACUUUCACUCAGGGGUAACACACCGAGUGUACAGUGUUUAUACGUCAGUGAAGGGCAAAACCUAAUAUUGAUCAAGACAUGGUUAUUUUGUCCACCGAAAAUGACGCGAAAUUUCUAAUACUAAUUAUUAAGUUAUGGAGUGAUGUAGUUUGUUGUGUGUAGAACAUGUAAUAUGAAUACAUUUUUAUUAAGGUUUGCAGGUACAGAAAAAGUGGUCAUUAGGUAUGGAAAUAUUACUUCCUGCAUGUGAUGUCAACUUAAUCGUAGGAUUAAAAAAAACCAAUUGUCUCUUCGGGUUUAUAAGUGUUUCACUUGUGAAGGUUCAAAGGUUAGCAAAAAGGUCACUUUGAGUAUUUCUAGGAAGAUAUGUGGUUUGUGAGUAAUUUGUGAAAUCAUUGUCAGGGUUUUUUGUGAUUACGCAUCAAUCUCAUCAGAGAUGUGUAAAAAAUAAAAUCACAGGAGUACUCACUAAAUAGGAAAUGAAUUGUCUACAAAAUAAAGUAUUAAAGAUUGUUGUUCAGAAUGCUUGAAUGCAAUACAAUGUAUAUAGAAUUCGUGAAGUAGAAAAUGUAUACAUUCAAUGCAGUCCUCUCCUAGUCAGAUUUGUGUGCAUUUUGUAUA